GGGCGGCGGGCGCUGAGCGGGCGAGCGGAGGCCGCGGCGGCGCUGCGGGGAUGUGACUCGGGCCGAGGGCCAGCAGGAUCGCCGGCGCUGCGGGGCCGCGGGGGUCGAGGUCGGACAUGGCCAUCGACUAUUGAAUUGAAAGAACCCUUAAAGACAUGCAGAGCAGAACAUUCCACGGAUCAGAGAGAAAGAUGAGAACCCACCAGGUGCUCCCUUUCCUCCUGCUCCUGGUGAUCGCCUCGGUGGCCUCUGAGAACGCCAGCACGUCGCGGGGCUGCGGGCUGGACCUCCUCCCUCAGUACGUGUCUCUGUGCGACCUGGACGCCAUCUGGGGAAUCGUGGUGGAGGCGGUGGCCGGGGCGGGCGCCCUGAUCACGCUGCUCCUGAUGCUGAUCCUCCUGGUCCGGCUGCCCUUCAUUAAGGACAAGGAGAAGAGGAGGCCCAUCUGCCUGCACUUCCUCUUCCUCCUGGGGACCCUGGGCCUCUUCGGGCUGACAUUCGCCUUCAUCAUCCGGAUGGACGAGACCAUCUGCUCCAUCCGCCGCUUCCUCUGGGGCGUGCUCUUCGCUCUCUGCUUCUCGUGCCUGCUGAGCCAGGCGUGGCGCGUGCGGAGGCUGGUGCGUCACGGCACCAGCCCGGCCGGCUGGCAGCUGGUGAGCCUGGCGCUGUGCCUGAUGCUGGUACAGGUGAUCAUCGCCACCGAGUGGCUGGUGCUGACGGUGCUGCGGGACACGAAGCCGGCCUGUGCCUACGAGCCCAUGGACUUCGUCCUGGCCCUCAUCUACGACAUGGUCCUGCUGGCCAUCACGCUGGCCCAGGCGCUCUUCACGCUGUGCGGCAAGUUCAAGAGGUGGAAGCUGAACGGGGCCUUCAUUGUGGUCACCGCCUUUCUCUCCCUGCUCAUCUGGGUGGCCUGGAUGACCCUGUACCUCUUCGGCAACAUCAUGAUGCGGCAGGGAGAGGCCUGGAGUGACGCCACCCUGGCCAUCACGCUGACGGCCAGCGGCUGGGUCUUCGUCGUCUUCCACGCCAUCCCUGAGAUCCACUGCACCCUCCUGCCGCCCCUGCAGGAGAACCCACCCAACUACUUCGACACGUCGCAGCCCAGGAUGCGGGAGACGGCCUUCGAGGAGGACGCACACCUGCCGAGGACCUACAUGGAAAACAAGGCCUUCUCCAUGGACGAGCACCAUGCAGCUCUUCGUACAGCAGGAUUUUCCAAUGGCAGCUUGGGAAAAAGGUCUGGUGGUGGCAGCAUGGGCAAGAAACCCAGUGUCACUACGGGGAAGAAACCAGGUAUCGGCUUGGGAAACCAACCCAGCGCUCCAUUUAGAAGCAACGUGUAUCAGCCCACUGAGAUGGCCGUCAUGCUCAAUGGAGGGACUAUCCCAACCGCUCCGCCAAGUCACACUGGAAGACACCAUUGGUGACAGACUUUUCAGUUCCAGAGAAUAAGAAUCUCUUACCGAUUUUAUUCCCUGGCGUGUCUUUCUUGAGGGAGAAAUCAGUAACAGUAGCCGACCCAGGCCACCUCGCAGCCAGCCAGGAGAUGUGGAUAUCCCAGCCAAGGGAUUUUGUGUAAAUGUGAACCCGGAUGAACUGAUAAAGCUAACACUGACGGCCCUGCCUCCCCCGACACACACACACACACACACACACACACACACACACACACACGCACGCACCAUGCUAAACCAACCUAUCUCUGCACACUGAAGUAGAGCUCAUUGCAAAUAGUAGUAGGGCUCACUCAGAGAUGCGGCUGGGAAGAGAGGUAGAAUAAAAUGGAAUUGGGCCUGGUGGAAGUUGAUUUCAUAUGGCGUAGGUGGGUGGGGAGACCUCCCAUCACCCCUCUCCAGCAAGGGCUGGACCCUAGGGGGCCUCCUGGAAAUUACCUCGCUACUGAGGACAACUCCAGGCACAUUCAGAGCUUAGGAGGCUGCUGUGCAAGUGCUAAGCUGAGCCCACCUAAGCACAGGGAGUUUCAUAGCCAGUGGUGGUGGAGGGAUGCUGGCACGCGCCAAGGAGGACGACGUUCUCUGGGUCUUGAAGUGGCCAACGCGCUGAGAAAGUGGUGACUGACCACUGUUCCUUCUGGGCCUCCUGCUCUAGCACCCAAAGGAAGACAAGGCCCUCCCUUUGCCUGUCCUGAGCAAGCAGUGGCACCUAUUCCCGUAACCAUCUCUUUUUCCUGCGCUUGCAGAUGCCCCCUCUAAGUCCAUUCCCAAUUGUAUUCCCAGAUCCAUGUCAGAUGCUCAAAUGCCAUCUGCCCAGCUUGAACACCCCCAACACCACCCCCCCUUGAGAAGACAGGUUGGAAGGCCAGGUGCCACAGCAGCCCUUCUGUGACCAUGUCCCAUCACCCCCCAGUCCCCAUGGGAUGGAGAGGUGUGGCAUUCGUCCAUCCAGCAAGUUGUUUUCCACAGCCGUUGGGAAGGUUCCAGGGUUGAGUGAACCACACCAGGGUUUCUUACUUUUGGAGGGGGUAGGAGGGUGUUUGCACCUUGGGUUUUUUGUUGUUGUUUUCUUUUUUGCUGGUUUCAUGAACAUGGCUGUCUCCAAGCCCAUUUUGCUUCUGUGGUGGCACCAUCUGUCCUGAGCAAAUCAUUCCUCUGUCGUUUGGCAUUUCCCACACCCCAGCCAUUCAAAGCCCUGUGUUCUGUGCACUGUUUGGCCAGCAUAAUCGCCAGCCACCCAUUCAAGGCAACAGAGUGUUUCACCUGUCGGCGUGGAGUGUACACACAAGGGAGGGGCCUUCUGCAUCUAAUCACUACGUUGCUUUUUCUAUACAACUACCCAUACGCCUUUAACCUUUAAAGAAAACGGGGGGAAAAAAAGAGUGUUCGGGGGAAGGAGGACUGGACUCCUUCAGAAGCCAGUACAUCUGAGCAGAGUAUGUUAAUAAACCUGAAUAUUUUUUUUCCUCAAGGCCCUAGUCUUCUGCUGCGUCCCCUCCCUACCCAACCCUGCCGGUCCCUGCCAGACUUUCUGGGGAGAUAAAGGCCACAUGUGGCCAUUGUGUAGUUUUUCCUGACCGCUAGUAUCUUUCCACGCAUGGGGACAAGAAAGCAUGGCACUGACCUGUUACCCCUGCCCGACCUUCUAGAACGCCUCAAGCAUGGGUUUUCUUUUAGAGAGCUCCCUCUGCCCCAGGCUCUGCCAUGGGAUAAGCAGAAAACUGGGGGUCCUGGGUAAGGAGGGAGCGCAGCUCAGGUGGGGCUAAGGGCGGUGCAUGUAGGCCCAGCGUCCUGCAAGUGUGAGCACUCGCUGGGCGCCUGGGGGCUGUGGCCCGGCGGAGGCAGGCUCUGCCAGCAGUACGCCUUCCCUGCCAGGAGAUGGUUGCUCAGCCCCGCUGUCUGGAGUCCUUUGGAGCUUUCUGAUGCCAUCCGUGACCGGGUCGCCCAGAUCCCCUCCUUCCUUGCAGAAGGGGGGAGUUCACCCCCAUCACAAUGGAAGUGAGCACAGGACAAAUGGCUAUCGGCAGAUCACCUCUGAGCUGUGGGAAAUUGCUUGAGACCUUUAGGGUAUUUAUUUUUCCUUUUCAAAUCUCUUGGUAGGUUAGUGCAGCCUCUGGGAUUUUUUUUUGUUUUGUUUAUUUUGGCUUUUUUUUCCCCUUUAGGACCAGGGUGAGCUGAAUGUUCUCAGGAUGGGAGGAGGUGGGAGUGAGGGCACCCAGAGAGAUUUGCUAUUUUUGUGAUGAGUUCAAAGUUCAGUCCGAGGAGUACCAGGAGCUGCUUCUCAUCUCCCAGAGCCUGUGCUGGCAGCACCCCCCCCCCCACACACACACACAAAGUUAAAGUACAGACUAGCAUGUCUCUUUAAGAUCUGGUGUGUAAACAAAUUGGGGGGGGGGGGGUCCGGGCUACCAGAGCAGCAUCUGUGAAUAAUCCCCAAUUGUAAGCACAAAUCUUCACACAUCCGGUUAGUGACUCUCUUUGGGACUAUUCCAGAGCCACUCCUGUCCCUUUUAGGAAGCUUGUUCAAUCUUGGGAUGCGGGGGCCCAGAGAAUGAGCUCUGAGAUUUUACCGUUUAACCAACAGGGAGGUCCGUGUGUGCCUCCUGAGGGGCGGGGUGUCAAUUCUUGUUGAAAGCUGGUUGUCCAGAGCGCCCCACCCCCAGCACAGAUGCAGUCAGGGCUACGGAACAAUUGUAGAGUAGGGACGGCCUGGGUUAGCCAGGCUGAACCCCAGAUGAAAGGAGGCUCUGUGGCUUUGACAGGCGAAGACGUUAGUAAAGACGCCAGCUGAUGAGGUUCUCGGCAGGUGCUUUUUCUUAAUUGAUCAAGAGCUCAGGCUCGUUUUGAUAGAUAAUAUAUAUUUAUUAAGAGCAUUCACGUGUGUUUUAUAAUGUUCCUUAAUUUCCCCUUUGCUGACUCGCAUAUUCAGAAAAAUAAAAAAGCAUUCAAGAAGCUUCAAGACAA